AUGUCGUUCGGCACAAAGGCUAAGCUCAAUACUGGCGCCUACAUCCCGACACUGGGAUACGGCACGUGGCUUUCGGAUCCCGGCGUUGUCGGUGCGGGCGUCUAUGAAGCGUUGAAGGCUGGCUACCGACCUGGCGAAGAUGUGCGUGUAGUGACCACGAUUGAAGGCAGCGCUGAUCUCGAUAGCUACGGCAACCAGAAGGAAGUUGGGCAGGCCAUCAAGAAGGCUCUCGCUGAGCUGCCGGGGCUGAGGCGUGAGGACAUUUUCAUCACCUCCAAGCUGUGGAACAGCGAGCACCGCCCGGAAAACGUCGCCCCUGCGCUCGAAGAUACCCUGAACGAGCUCCAGCUGGAGUACCUCGACCUCUACCUGAUUCACUGGCCCGUGGCUUUCAAGAAGACCGAUGGCAACCCGUUCCCUGUGACUGCUGACGGCAGUGAGAUUGAUCUCGAUCUCGAUGUUUCCAUUGUAGAUACGUGGAAAGCCAUGAUCGAUCUUCCCAAGUCCAAGGUCCGCCCCGUCGGCGUCUCCCUCUUCGCUGCCCCUUACCUCCAGGCUUUGAUCGACGCCACGGGAGUGACGCCCGCCGUCAAUCAGGUCGAGCGCCAUCCCCGGCUGAACCAGCUGGAUGGCAUCGUUAAGUACGCUGGUGAGAAGGGCAUUCAUAUCACGGCCUAUUCUCCCCUCGGCAACAACCUCAUUGGCGAACCCAUGGCUAUCGAGAACCCCGUCAUCAAGGGGAUUGCCGAGAGGCUGUCGGCGACGCCGGCGCAGGUCAUCUUGGCAUGGGCCCAGGUUGGCGGCCACAGCGCCAUUCCCAAAUCUGUCACGCCCGAGAGAAUCCAGUCGAACUUCCAGGAGAUCAAUAUUACCGACGAGGACGUCAAGGCGAUCAACGAGCUCGGCAAGGAGGAGCGACGUUUUGCUAUUCCGUUCACCUGUAAGUGCAGCUGCAUUGUCUUGAAGAUCCAUCACUGA